AAGCAAGCAAGACAUGGUUGGUUUUGGUGCUUGUUCUUCCUCUCCCUCACUCCCUCACCUUCUUCCUCUCCCUUCUCCCUUUGCUCCUUCUUCUUCUUCUCUCCUUUGUUCCUCCUCCCUAAGCUCCUCAAAUCUCUCCCAGAACUUCCCCAUUUCCACCUCCUUCCCCUCGGAAUUUGCAUCCUUACCCAUAUUUAGUUUACCCAAGCACACCUUAACCUCCUCCUCCUCCUCCUCCUCUAUUUCUAAUGCCUGUAAAUCCAUUCUCCCUCUUUUCACUCCUACUCUUCUUCCACUUCCUCUCUUCUUCCUCCCCUGUUUUCGCUCUAAACCCACAGGGCCAAUCUCUCCUCUCAUGGAAGAACACCCUGAACCCUUCCCCUGACGCUCUCCGGAACUGGGACGCCGCCAGCCCGACCCCAUGCGCCUGGUCCGGCGUCACCUGCAACUCCAACAGCCAAGUCCUGGGAUUGGAUCUCCGGUAUGUCGAUUUGUACGGCGCCCUGCCAUCCAAUUUCACCGCCCUGUCGUCGACGUUGACCACGCUCGUCCUCACCGGAACCAACCUGACCGGUUCGAUCCCCAGGGAGAUCGGAACCCUCCUCCCGGAGCUGACUUACUUGGACUUGAGCGACAAUGCGUUGACCGGGGAGAUCCCCGUGGAGCUCUUCGACCUGGGGAAGCUCGAAGAGCUCCACCUGAACUCGAAUCAGCUCGAGGGUUCGAUCCCCGAUCGAAUCGGGAACUUGACGGGGUUGAAGUGGCUGGUUUUGUUCGAUAACCAGCUCGGCGGCAGGGUUCCCGAUACCAUAGGGAGGUUGAAGAGCCUGGAGGUGAUUCGAAUCGGUGGGAAUAAGAAUCUGGAAGGAUCGAUUCCUGUGGAGAUUGGGGGUUGUGAUAAUCUGACCGUGCUUGGGUUGGCGGAGACCAGCAUCUCCGGUUCGUUACCGGCGACGCUGGGACGGCUGAAGAAUCUUCAGACGAUUGCGAUCUAUACCGCUCUGCUUUCCGGACAAAUUCCGCCGGAGCUCGGCGACUGUACGGCGCUGGAGAAUGUUUAUCUGUACGAGAACUCGCUGUCCGGUUCGAUACCGAGCGCGCUGGGGAAGCUGACGGAGCUGAAGAAUCUGCUGCUGUGGCAGAACAAUUUGGUGGGGAUUAUCCCGCCGGAGCUCGGGAACUGCAGGAAGAUGCUGGUCGUUGACGUUUCGAUGAACUCGUUGACCGGCAGCAUUCCGCAGUCCUUUGGGAACUUGACGGAGCUGGAGGAGUUGCAGCUGAGCGUGAACCAAAUCUCCGGGGUGAUUCCGCCGCAGAUUGGAAACUGCCGGGAGCUGACCCACAUCGAGCUCGAUAACAAUCUCAUCUCCGGCGCCAUCCCGGCGGAGAUUGGGCAGUUGGUGAAUCUCACGCUGCUGUUCCUCUGGCACAACAAGCUCGAGGGGAACAUCCCGGCUUCCAUUUCCAAUUGCUGGAAUCUGGAGGCCGUGGAUAUGUCGCAGAACGGAUUGAUGGGCCCCAUCCCCAAGGGGAUAUUCCAGCUCACCAAACUCAACAAGCUGUUGCUCCUCUCCAACAGCCUCUCCGGCGAGAUUCCUCCCGAGAUCGGGAACUGCUCGGCGUUGAUUCGGUUUCGGGCGAAUGGGAACCGCCUCACUGGGUCGAUUCCGCCGCAGAUUGGGAACUUGAAGAAUUUGAAUUUCUUGGAUCUUGGAUCGAACAGGAUCAAUGGCGCCAUACCGGAGGAAAUCGCCGGUUGUCGGAAUCUCACGUUUCUGGAUUUGCAUUCUAAUUCGAUCUCAGGCGAGCUUCCCCGGAGUCUCGGCCAGCUCGCUUCGCUUCAGUUCGUUGAUUUCUCCGGCAAUAUGAUUGAAGGCAAUCUGACUGCCGGUCUUGGCGAGUUGAGCUCGCUCACCAAACUCGUCCUGUCCGCGAACCGGUUGUCGGGUCGGGUACCCGAUGAGCUCGGAUCCUGCUCCAAGCUGCAGCUACUCGACCUAAGCAGCAACCAGCUACAGGGCAACAUCCCGGCGAGUCUAGGGAAGAUCCCUUCGUUCGAAAUAGCUCUGAAUCUCAGCUGGAAUCAACUCACCGGCGACAUCCCCACUCUGUUCACGGAGCUCGACAAGCUCGGGAUCUUGGAUCUCUCCCACAACCAGCUCACCGGCGACCUCCAAUCCCUCGCCGACAUGCAAAACCUCGUGGUGCUCAACGUCUCCCACAACAAUUUCUCCGGGAGAGUCCCCGACACUCCGUUCUUCUCCAAGCUCCCCGUGAGCGUCCUCUCCGGCAACCCUUCCCUCUGCCUCCCCGGAAGCCCCUGCGCGGCCGGGUACGGCAAGGAUCGGCGGCGGUCGACGGUGGCGCGGCUGGUGAUGGUGGUCCUCCUCUCCGUUGCCUGCGCCCUGCUGGUGGCGGCGCUGUACAUUAUCCUCGCCAGCAGAAGGCGGGGCCGGAACGGUGGGCCCGACGACGAUUGCGACCAUCUCGAUGCCGACGCCGACGUGGAGAUGGGCCCACCGUGGGAAGUGACGCUGUAUCAGAAACUUGACCUGUCAAUUUCCGACGUGGCAAGGUCUCUAACGUCAGCAAACGUCAUAGGCCGCGGCCGCACUGGGGUCGUCUACAGGGUCACGGUCUCCUCGGGGACAACCCUAGCCGUCAAGAAAUUCAAAUCCUCGGAGAAAGUCUCCGCCGCCGCGUUCUCAUCGGAGAUCGCGACGCUGGCAAGAAUCCGCCACCGGAACAUCGUCCGCCUGCUUGGAUGGGCGGCCAAUCGGAAGACCAAGCUCCUCUUCUACGAUUACAUGGCGAAUGGCACAUUAGGAGAGUUUCUCCACGAAGGAAACUGCGGGCUUUUGGUCGAAUGGGAGACCCGAUUCAAGAUCGCGUUGGGCGUGGCCGAAGGAUUGGCGUACCUCCACCACGAUUGCGUCCCGGCGAUCCUCCACCGCGACGUGAAGUCGCACAACAUCCUCAUCGGCGACCGGUUCGAGUCCUGCCUCGCCGAUUUCGGCCUGGCCAGGCUCGUGGAGGACGGGCACGGUUCGUUCUCGGCCAACCCGCAGCUGGCCGGUUCGUAUGGCUACAUGGCACCGGAGUAUGCUUGUAUGCUGAAAAUUACGGAGAAGAGCGACGUGUACAGCUACGGAGUCGUUUUAUUAGAGAUCAUAACGGGCAAGAAACCGGUCGACCCAACGUUCACCGAGGGGCAACACGUGGUCCAAUGGGCGAGAGAGCAUCUGAAGAGCAAGAAGGAUCCGGUUGACAUUCUCGACCCGAAGCUGCAAGGCCACCCGGAGACGCAAAUACAGGAAAUGCUCCAAGCCCUGGGGAUCUCGCUCCUGUGCACGAGCAACCGGGCGGAGGACCGGCCGACGAUGAAGGACGUGGCGGCGCUGCUGAGGGAGAUUCGGCACGAGCCGAUCGGGGGCGGCGGCGGCGGGAGCGAGGGGGGACAGAAGGUGAAGCCGGCGGUGAAGACAGGGGAGAGCCCGCGGUCGUUGUCGUCGUCGUCGGCGGCGGCGGUGACUCCGGCGCAGCUGUUGAUGGUGCAGGGGUCCUCGAAUUGCUCGCUCGCCAAUUAUUCCUCUAGUUAUAGUAAGCAGUAGGGAAUCAGAGAUCACAUGGCUGCUGUUUGGGUGUUGUAGAUCUAGCAAAUUAGUUUGAAAAAAAAAAAAAAAACUGGGAUUUGACCGGAAGGCCAAAUUAGUGCUCUGCAGGGAGAGUGGUAGUGUUGAUUAGUUUAAUAUUUUUCAGACUUUUUGCCCACACCACAUGAAGAAGGGCAGAGUAGUUUGUAGAAAUUUGGUGGGGGGAGAUAGAGUGGCCAAUGAAGGAAAGAAAGAUGCCUUUCUUUGGAUACUCACGUGGCGCACAUGCCAUUAGCCUGUACCAAAUUAGCACAAAAAAAUAUAAGGAAGAGAAAUUUAUAUUGAAAGAUAAUAAUGUG